AUGGACAGCGCCAACGCGCAGUUCUUCAGCCUGGUCCGGUCCGCCGUCAUCGGCAUGGCGCCCCGCCAGGUGGAGGCGCUCGUGGCCGCCAACACCGCUGCUGGGCGGUUCCGGCGCAACCUUGACAUCGCGGCCCGCAUCCGCCAGGACCCGCUCAAAAGGCGCUUUCUCAAGCGCAGCCUCUACCUGGCCUUGCUCGCGCUGCUAGCCGCCGAGGCGGACCGCAGCACCGUGGGCCUUGCGCUCCAGCUCUUCCGCGAGAUGGCCGCGGCCGGCGGCGACCCGCACGAGCUCGCCGCGGCCGUGCCGCUGCUCUACGCGAGCUUCCACAACUGCGGCGACUUCACGCAGCUCCUCGGCUUGAAGGCCGUGUUCCAGGCCGCGAUCUGCCGCGCGGACCCCGGCCCGGCGGCCGCCGCGGGCUACUACGCGUGCCACAUGCACGUGCUCCUCAACACGGGCCAGACGGCGCUCGCCACGGCCCACUUCCACCGGUGCCUCGGCCACAUGGCGGCGCCGGCCGGGCGCGCGGCGCUCUUCCGCCAGUGGCCGCUCGACAAGCACAUCCGGGCGCUCGUGGCCAGCCAGGACUGCGGCGCCCUCGCGCACGUGCUCGACGAGGUGCUUGCGGCCGCGGCCGUGCGGCUGGUGCGGCCGGCCGUGUGGGCCGAGAUCUUGGGCUUGGCGCUCUGGAAAAACAGCCUCGCCGUGGUCCGGUUCGUGUACACGCACGUGGUCAUGCACGGCGUGGCGCCGCGGCUGCCCGGGGACGCGGCGCUAGACGCCCAGGCGCCGCCAGACAACGCGGUGUUGGGCUCGCUCAGCGGCGCCACGCUCGCGCAGAUGCUCCACACGUUUGCCCUGCACGGCGACGUGGCCCUGUGCCUCCACCUCGUGGAGUGGCACUUUGUGCACAAGCCCAUGCGCGGCGAGCGGGCCUUGACCAAGGACUUGUGCCUCCUGGUGAUCCGCGCGUACUGCUUCCAUCGCCCGGACGCGGGCGCCGCCGCGCAGCCCCACGAGGAGGACGCGUCCGUGAAGACGGUGCUCGAGGUCGUGGACGCGUUUGUGGCCAGGCGCCGCCACCGCUUCGACUACGCGGACCUUGCCGAGGCGUUCCUGUACACGCUCAGCACGUACCACGUGUUCGACGCCAACGUGGCGGCCGCCCGCAGCAUCGAGACCUCGGCCCGGCCCUUGCCGCCCAGCGCGGGCCGCCCGGACGACCCGCUGGACCCGCCGGACGCCCCGCCGCUCCUCGAGAAGAAGUCCAACCGCAACGUGCACGAGUCUGCGCAGGGCAGCGUGCUCAAGAACACGGCCAUCUUGCAGGACUUCGUCGCCGAGCACUGGCGGCACCUCGCGCGGCGCCUGUGCUCGCCAGCGACCGUGCAGAUCUUCGUCAACUGUCUCCUCUGGCACCUCGCCACCCACCAGAACACGUCGGGCGUGGUGCUCGCCUUGCAGCUGAUGAAGGCCGAGGACUCGCUCUUCGCGCAGAAAUGGCUCGACGCGUCUCUGUACGACAUCAUCGCCCGCUCGGUGUCCGGGUCCCCGGCGGCCAUGGCCACGGGCUUGGUGCUCUACGAGCACAUGAAGCAGGCCCAGGCACCCGUGUCCGAGCAGAACUUCAGGCACCUCGUGCACUCGAGCUUGCGCGGCGACGCGUACAACCCGCUCCUCGAAUACUACAUGUAUGAGUACUUGAGGCGGGGGGCCGGGCACGUGUGCCCCCGGCUCGUCUCCCGCAUCCGUGCGUUCAAGAAGUUGAACGACGAUGGGCGCGUCUUGCUCAGGUGCCUCGACAACUUCCGCCCGCUGGACCUCCCCGGACUCGAUGCCUUGUGGGACGCGCACCUGUUCACACGCCGGUGCCCCGAGCUCCUAUUGGCCGCCGACGACGACGACUACGCGCGGUUCUUCCACAUUGACCAGCGCGACAAGGACAUUCUCAUGCUCGUCUUGGCCUAG